GUCCCACUGUUCAGUCGUAGCCUAUGAUACCAAGUCCUUUCCCUCUAAUUGGCCCCAACUCCAACUCCCAACAUUAACCCAACUACCAUUCCAACCAUCUCUUCGCUUCGCUUCUCCUCUUUUCCCCCAAAUUAACAACAAAACUCAAUCUUUCUUGGCUUUCCUCAAUGUCUAUGGAGGAUGAUGAUGCCCAUCUCUCUCAGCCUUUGCUACACUCCCAAACAAACCCUCUUCACAAUGAUUUCCGAAUACCAAUCCAACAACUUGACCACCCUCAAUCAUCCUCUGCACCCAGACGAACCCACAGUCUCCACCGUUGUAAGACGGCUCCCGCUAUGGCCGUGGUUCGUGACCUCAAACCCAAGACAUCCGAGCUUCCCCAUCCUCAAUCCGACUCCAGCUCCAUCGUCAGACAAGCCUUCUUCUUGCUACUUAUCUAUCUCUCUUUGGGUGUUCUCAUCUACUCUUUCAACACCGAUCACUUCUCCGGCGUCGAGACUCACCCAGUCGUGGACGCUCUCUAUUUUUGUAUAGUCACCAUGUGUACUAUUGGUUAUGGGGACAUAGCUCCUCUCACCCCCUUCACCAAGGUCUUUGCUUGCGUUUUUGUUUUGGUGGGUUUCGGAUUCAUUGACAUUUUGCUUAGUGGGGUUGUUAAUUAUGUGCUCGACGUGCAAGAAAAUAUUAUCUUGACUGGUAUGCAGCAAAUGGACCACGACGAUCAAAACCGCCACCAUAACAGCAACAACAGCAAUCACAAUCACAAUCACAACCAUAACCACCACCAUGGCUUCUCUGCUAGAGAUUAUAUCAUAGAUGUGGCAAAGGGGAGGAUGAGGAUUAGACUGAAGGUGGGUUUGGCUCUGGGAGUGGUGGUGUUGUGUAUUAGCGUUGGGGUUAUGUUUUUGCAUUAUGGGGAAGAGUUGGAUUGGGUGGAUUCCAUUUACUUGUCUGUCAUGUCUGUAACCACAGUUGGGUACGGUGACAGAGCCUUCAAGACACUUAAAGGUAGGCUCUUUGCGGCCAUUUGGCUUCUCUUAUCGACACUGGCUGUGGCAAGGGCGUUCCUGUAUUUGGCUGAGGCAAGGAUUGACAAGAGGCACAGGAGAAUUGCUAAGUGGGUCUUGCAAAGGGAAAUCACCGUUGAGGACUUACUUGCUGCAGACAUAAACCAUAAUGGUUUCAUAAGCAAGUCAGAAUACGUAAUAUACAAGCUUAAAGAGAUGGGGAAGAUAGGAGAGAAAGACAUAAUGAUAAUAUGCAAUCAAUUCAAUAAGCUGGAUCCCAACAAUUCUGGAAAGAUAACAUUGCCUGAUCUGUUUGAGAAUCGCAUGUGAUGCAAAGAAAUAGGUUGGAAAAUUCUAUUCUAUUCUUUGAGUUCGAGUUGAAGCAAAGGGAUUUGAUUUCCUUUGAUUUUAUUUUUUUGAGCUAAAACUUCAUGCAAGAUUGAGAGGGAUACUACUACGCUUCACUUCACACUAGUUUUUGCUCUUCAUACAAACUGUGCAUACAUACUCUUGCACUCCUUGCCAUGGAUUGUGCAUUUACAGAAAAAUGUAGAUAUCGAUAAUUUUUUUCUUCUUCUUUCCAUAUACUAUACUUAGUUAUAUAUCAAAUGAGAAAGUAAAUUAUGAAGAAAAAAAAAAACCGAGAAAAUGUAUAGAUUGGAUUCCUUUCUUGAACUUGAGAAAAUUUAUCUCAUGUAAUGUGGUAUCAAAGUGUAUAAUGUAGGUGGAUAUGUAGAGCUUUUUUGACUUUGUAAUGUAAUGAGUCUAAAAGCAAUUACUGCUCAUUUUGUUGUUAAGAGUUAAGAAUGUGUAUCUCUCUACAUGCUUAUAUUAAAGUAGAAAAGAAUGUUCGUUCCUUA